UUGAACGUGUUCGUUGGGGUUGAGGGGGGCGCAGACACUUAGCCAAUCACUUUGUGUGUCCCUCCCAGGCUGGCCUCCUUUUUAUAGGCUGCUGAAAUGCGUACUGUUUUAGACGCCACCCACAGCUGCACCUGACGCCACUACUAGAGCUCUGCAGAGAGAGGAGCAAAAUAGAGCAGAGCGAGAGACAGUCCAACCAAAACGGAGCGGAAAUAGAGGAGGAGCAGAGUGAAAUUCAGCAGAGCGAGAGGAAGAGGGCCUGUGCUACGCUGUGCAUUAUCACUUGGGAGUGUUGGACCUAGUCUCACACAGAAUUUCCACACAUCCUAUCUUUCUUUCCCUGCUUGUGAGCUGCCACAGACACCAAUACCCUGAGAGCUUUCUGGACUCACUGAGACAUUUUAAUGAAUGAGCUUACAGAAAUAAGAAGAUAUCAGAAGAGAUCCUUAACUUUCCAAGAAAUGCAAGCAUGAAGACCAACCAUGUCUAAAUGACAGAUGGCACAUCAAUGGGAAGGAGAAGAGGGAUCUCUUAACCAGAAGAACAGAUCUACUCAGGAGAACAAAGAAGAACUUAAUCUAAGAUAGCCCAUUGACUGAAGAGGGCCCUCCAAUCCAAAGCACAUCCUGCUAGGAAAGGUUCAGCUCUUUCCAGAAGACCAACACAAGGGCAUCCAGAGCUGGAAGAGUAGCCUUGCUCAUGAGACUUUCAAUAAGCUCCUGACUGGUAGGGAAAGACCCUUCUCCGGAUAUAUCUUUAAUUUAAUUUUGGCACAGAUCUUGUAAUCUUUAACACAUUUAGUUUUAUUCUAUUUAUUUAUUAACAUGGAUCAGAUGGAGUAGCUAUUUCGUCACACUUUUGGGUAGUGGUGUUCUACAGUUGUGACUCGUCCUGGAUGGUCAUGGUUCAUAUUGGGUGUUGAAACCAUCGCUUUAACCCGCUGGUGUCCAUGAAGAGGUUCGGCAGCCUGAGGAGGAGUAAGAAGCGGAAGGAGCAGGACCUGCUAGCGGCAGGAAGACGCCAGUCAGAGCCACCAUGUCUGCCUGUCUCCGGCAUCUCGUCUUCCCCCACCCCACCCAGCACCCCCAGCCUGCACAUGCUGUUCCCCCAGGAGGUUCACCAGAGUGCCCCAGAGCGCCUGGAACGCUCCCUCUCAUCACCCCCACCAGACACCGGACAGCGCCUCAGCCUGCCGUCCUCUGCCAAGCCCCCCAUGUCCUCCUCCUUUCCGAUACCCUACGCUUUCCCACUGCCCCAAGCUACCUCACAGCCAAAUUUCUACGGUUUAUUCGAAGGCAUGCUGGAGAAACUUGACCUAAACGAUGAUGGUGUUGCUGCUGAACCAGACAGAGAUAUUUACAUGCGCUUUAUGAAGUCCCACUGCUGCUAUGACAUCGUUCCCACCAGCUCCAAGCUGGUCGUGUUCGACACGGGCCUACAGGUGAAGAAGGCGUUCUUUGCCUUAGUGGCCAAUGGGGUGCGUGCUGCCCCACUAUGGGAUUCAGAGAGGCAGUGUUUUGUGGGAAUGUUGACCAUCACAGACUUCAUCAUCAUACUACACAGAUACUACAAGUCACCGUUGGUGCAAAUAUAUGAGUUGGAAGAUCAUAAGCUUGAGACAUGGAGAGAAGUAUAUUUGCAAGAGACAUUCAAGCCUUUAGUGAACAUAUCACCCGAAUCAAGCAUAUUUGAUGCAGUGUAUUCCCUCAUUAAAAACAAGAUCCACCGGCUGCCUGUCAUCGACCCUGUGACGGGGAACCCACUUUACAUCCUCACACACAAGAGGAUCCUCAAGUUCCUACAGCUCUUUGUGCGUGAGAUGCCCAAGCCGGCUUUUAUGAAGCAGACUCUCGGAGAGCUGGGCAUCGGCACCUACAAGAACAUAGCCUUCAUCCACCCUGACACACCCAUCAUCAAGGCCCUGCAGAUCUUCGUAGAGAGGAGGGUGUCUGCCCUGCCUGUUGUGGACGUAUCUGGGAAAGUGGUGGAUAUUUACUCCAAAUUUGAUGUCAUAAACCUGGCAGCAGAGAAGACUUAUAAUAACCUGGACAUCACAGUGACCCAGGCUCUGAGGCAUCGCUGCCAGUACUUUGAGGGGGUCAUGCAAUGCCACAAGCUGGAUACACUGGAGACCAUCGUGGACAAGAUUGUCAAAGCAGAGGUCCACCGGCUGGUAGUGGUGGAUGAUCGCUCGGCCAUUGAGGGCAUCAUCUCCCUGUCUGACAUCCUGCAGGCCCUGGUGCUCAGCCCAGCAGAUGCCUGCAGAGAGGAGGGCCUCCUGGAGUGAGACGGGGGGCUACUGCUGCUGGAAUCACAGAGGCUGUCCUACAAUAUAUAACUUGUAUUUUACAGGUAGCUGCCAAGAUAAAGGAAACACUUGAGUAAAUUAGGGAUACAAAGUCUAUUGAAAGCAGGUGCUUCUAAACAGGUGUGGUUCCUGAGUUAAUUAAGCAGUUGACAUCCCAUCAUGCUUAGGGUCAUGUAUAAAAAUGCACAGUUGCCCAUUAUUUUCUUACCGUGGCUAAAAUUAGAGAUCUCAGUGACUUUGAGACAGUGGUCUCAAAUGAGCAUCAGGGGGUUUAAAGUGGGUGUGUGUCUCCAGUGACCAGAUGUCAACCCAAUUGAACACUUAUGGGAGAUUCUGGAGUGGCGCCUAAGACAGUGCUUUCCACAACCAUUAACAAAACACCAAAUGAUGGAAUUUCUCUUGGAAAAAUCCCUUCUAUAUAAUUCCAGACACUUGAAGUGUGCAUUGAAGCUAUUCUGGCAGCUCGUGGUGGCCCAAUGCCCUAUUAAUAUAUUGGUGUUUCCUUUAUUUGGACAGUUACCUUUACGUCCAGAGCCCUUCAUAUUGAUGCACUAGACUUUGAAACCAAAGGGCUGGGCUGGAUUGGACUGCUACUGGGGGGUAAAUGGCUUUAAUACUGGAGGACCAGCAUCUCUCUGUCUGAAUGGAACUGGACUUGAUUCACUGUGAGGCUGAGCCAGUCUGAACUGUGGUUAUGUAUGUAUAUGAGGGCUAUAUACGUUUUGGUGUUUGUCUCAGUAUCAUGCUGCUCUGUCGUGUUAACAGUGCCUAGUCACUGGAUAGUUUCAAACCUUCAAUGAACAACAUGUUGCUAUAAUGAGUUGUUGUCCACACCCCUUUUAGGGGCUAUAUGCAGUCUCUGUCCAAUCCUUAGUCACAGUGCCUUUUGCUUGCCCUGCCCCUGACCAUGGAAGCAAACGCCAUUCUCUAACCAUAAUACAUCAAAACGAAGUGUUCUUGAAGAAUAAGCAAGAUCUUGUCAAAAAUGUGUUCUCAUUUAACCUGAAGGAGAAAUUGCAGGUGUUCAUGCUUUAUCUGGUUAUGAUUGGAGGGGUUUUGUUUGUAUAUGAGUAACAUGCUGUGAAGAGAGACAGAACAGGAAAAAGGCUUUAUUUUUUGGAUAUAUAUAUAUAUUUUGUAUUCAUUCUCGAUGACACUUGGGUUGAGAUUUAGAGCCAUUUAUUUUGUCCGCUUUAUGUACUUGAGCCAUGGAUCACUUCCAUCUCUAACAUCUAUAAAGCAAAAUGGUGGAUUCUGAACGGCUCUUGACCAGACUCCUGUGCUGUGGCCAGAGAAUACACCUCUGACAACUCAUCUCUAUUGUUUCACUGUAAAUAGGAAAGUUUUCAGGAAAUGUGCCAGAGAAAGCUUUAUUUUUAUGUAACUUUAAUGAAAUCAUGUUAAAAUAACUGCAGUUUUAAUAUUAUUUUUGUAAAUAUAUUGUGGCAAAAUGAGCCAAUAUAAAUAAAGAUAAUUUCUAUUCAGAACAAGAUGUACAUGUGCAAGCAUGAGAAACGACACUAUAACAGUUGUGAAUGUUCUUUACUUUUCUAUUUUUCUGCAUGCAGAAAAAUAAACGAUGACACUGAAUAUA